AUGAUGGAUAGAACACCACCUGGAGAGAAGAGAUUGAAAGAGAAGGAGAGAGAUACGGAAGAGAAUGGAAAGAGGAAGAGUGAAGAGGGAGCUAUGAUAGCAUUAUUGAGAGAAUUAAAAGAAGAAAUGGCAAGUACAAGGAUCGAGAUACGGGAAUUAAAGGAAAGCUGGAAGGCUAAGAAGGAAAGAAUGGAGAAGAAGAUAGAGGAAUUAAAAGAAAGAGUAAAAGAACUAGAGAGACAAGGAGCCAGAGGAAAAGGGAGGUUAGAAGAAAAGAUAGAAGAAAUAACGGAAAAAGUGAAAGAACGGAUAGGUAGACAGGGAGGCAAGGGGGAGUCGACGGGCGAGAUAGGAGAGAAAGUGAGAAGGUUGAAAAGGAUAAUGGACAAGAGAGAGAAGAAGGAAAGAAGGAAUAACAUAACCAUAAGAGGACUGAGGAAGGGGAAGAGCAGCCUGAAGGAGGAGGCUAAAGAAUUUCUGGAAAAGAAAUUCGGGAUCAAAAAAAAUGUAAAAGGUGUUCAAGUGGUAAGCAGGAAAGUAAAGGAAGUAAUAAUAGUAGAGAUGGAAGAUUGGGAGGGAAAGGAAACAAUAAUGAAACGGAAGAGAAAAUUGUUCGGGGGAAACAUAUUCAUUAAUCAUGACCUGACGAAAGAAGAGAGAGAUGUACAAAGGUUACUGAGAGAACGGUCAAGAAAGGAACGAGUGAAAGGAAAGAAGGUAAAAGUAGGAUAUAGAAAAAUGUAUAUAGAAAAUGAGAUGUAUGUAUGGAAUGAGGAGGCAGAGGAAAUAAGGAAAAGGGAGAAUUUUCAAAAAUCGGCCGAGUGGAAGGAAUAG